AUGGCCUCCCUAGGGGAGAAAAUACACGCUCGCCUGUCGAUUUUUCAAGAUCGCGGGCCUGACGUCCCUUUUUUUCGCCAGGUGUUGAACCUGCUAGGAUGUCUGAUCAUCCUGCCAAUGUACUAUGUUAUGACCGCCUAUACUCGUCAUCCUCUGACGCUGGAUAUUCUCGUCACGAUCUUUGCUGCGGAGCUGAAUCGAUUCUGUAACGAGCGUCGACGACGGCGUUUGUAUCGUCUUGAUGGCGCGUCCUCGACAACAGAUGCUGAAAAAGCCAUGCAAGCGAUGGUCCAUUCCGAUCUGGGUCCAGAAUGCAUGGCCGCAAUCGUGGGAUUCCGUGAAGAUCCAGAAUUGUUCGCGCGCUGUCUGGAAAGUUACAAGUCUGCCAGGGAAUGUCGCUUUGUGCUUGUUGGCGUCGACGGAGACGCAGCCCCCGACAUGGAAAUGAUCCAGGUGUUCCAGAAGGUGUUCCCCGAAGACUCUGCGGUAAUUCAUCUGGACGAGCCUCUAGGUGAAGUGGCGAUGCGCACUUUUGCCAAGGUCUCUGAGAGUGAUGGCUACGCGCAGCCCCGUGAGGUGUACAUGGAGACGGCCAUCGCCCAUUGCUGCGAGUUGGCACGCGAAAUCUUGAUUGACCACGACCUUGACAUUGGUGAAGCUGGUGGCGUGACUCGACUUUGUCUCUACCAGCCACAUUUGCACAAAAAGGGCAUCAUGUUCAGUACAUUCAUCUUCUCCAUCGUUCUCUCGGAAAUGCUUGGGGUCGAGUAUCUUUGGUCUUCGGAUUCGGAUACGAUCGUCAUGGAUGGUUCGUUGCGCAGAACCAUCGAGACCAUCGCUGGGGACCCGCAUGUCGGUGGUGGUAGUGCCGGGCUGAUCGUCCACAAUGAACACGACUCCAUCACCACCAAGCUGGGAAGCGUCGUGUACUGGAGUGAGCUCUACUUGACUCGGUCUGUCGCAAUGGCAUCUGGCACGAGUGACUGUCAGAGCGGCCCCAGCACGGCCUUCAGGGUGUCUGUACUCCCUGCAGUGUUGUAUCCGUGGUACACCCAGACAGUAUUGGGACAUCGCAUGGUUGUCAACGAAGACCGUCAUUUGACGACUAACCUCUUAAUGCGCGGUUGGACCGUCACAUAUGCAUCCGACACCCUCGCCGCCACCGACACGCCCACCACGCUGAGCAGAUGGAUCAUGCAGCAGGUCCGCUGGAGUCGAGCCGGCCACAUCGAGUCCUUCCAACAACCCAAGAUCUACCUGAUCAACAAUCCCUUGUUUUUCUGGGCCGCAGUCAAACGCGAAGCCGGCCCUCUCCUCGGCCUCCUAUAUAUCGUCUACUACCUCGUCACGGGUAACACCUUCGCUUACUUCUCCUGGUACGACGCAGCCUUUCGCACUGUGUACACCAUCAUCUACAACUACCUGCGCAACCCGGACCGCAAAGGAAAGCGUGAGGCGAUCUGGAUCAUCCCGGCCCUGCUCUUCUAUAACGUCCCUCUGCCGAUGGUACAUCUCUGGAGUUUGAUCACUCUCUUCUACGAUAGCUGGGGCACGUCUAUGCGCUCGCAGUCUGAAAUCACGAAGCGGGGUGAGGCGUGGAAGCGGUUCAAAGAUCUGGGCUUCAUGGUGGUGUGGGCUGCCAUUGUGGGUGGAUCGUUGGCCCGAAUGUUUGCUUUCGCGGCUGGAUGGAAUACGAUGGCUGCCAUAUUUUGGGGGAUGCUUAUUCCUGGCAUGGUGACGUUCCACGGUCUGGUGUUGCGCGGCUGA